AUGAAGAUUUUUGCAGUCAUUCUAGGUCUUGCGGCCAGUGUAUCUGGCCACACUAUCUUCCAGAAGCUCUCUGUCAACGGUGUUGACCAGGGAGCUCUGAAGGGAGUCCGCGCUCCUUCGAGCAACUACCCGAUACAGAACGUCAACGAUGGUGGUUUCGCGUGCAACAACAACAUCCAGUACAAAGACAGCAACAUCAUCUCGGUCCCGGCUGGGGCCAGAGUUGGUGCUUGGUGGGGCCAUGUAAUUGGAGGUGCGCAAGGUGGCAACGAUCCUGACCAUCCCAUUGCAGCAAGCCACAAAGGUCCUAUCAUCGUUUACCUUGCCAAGGUCGACAAUGCCGCAAACACGGGUACCUCCGGAUUGCGAUGGUUUAAGGUCGCCGAAGCUGGUCUUAGCGGAAGCACGUGGGCUGUUGACACCAUGAUCUCUAAUGGAGGCUGGCACUACUUUACCCUGCCGUCUUGUGUUGCGCCUGGCGACUACCUCUUGCGAGUAGAGAUCAUUGCCCUGCAUGGGGCUUCAGUCCAGGGAGAGGCUCAGUUCUAUAUGGAAUGCGCACAGAUUCGAGUGACCGGUUCUGGAACCAACGCAGGUUCCAACUUUGUCAGCUUCCCCGGCGCCUAUUCUGCCUCUCAUCCCGGUAUCUUGGUUGGCAUAUACGACAGCUCCGGCAAGCCCACCAACGGCGGCAGAGCUUACUCGAUCCCGGGUCCCGCUGUCAUUACUUGUUCUGGUGGCGGCAGCUCUCCUCCUCCUACUUCGAACCCUCCCUCGACCCCACCAUCUUCCAACGGUGGCGGUUCCACUGCGCCCUUGUACGGGCAGUGUGGUGGCCAAGGAUGGACUGGCGCCACUACAUGCGCAUCCGGUACUUGCAAGGCCUCGAACGAGUACUACAGCCAGUGUGUCCCGUAA